AAGGCUAGAGAAAAUAAUAGAGUUGGAUCAUGGCUUAUGGCUUAUUCGAGGAAGAUGAAGGAAAAGUCAAACUUCUCUGAUCAAGUCAAUGAGCUUAUCAACAUGUUAAUUGGAUCAAUCAACCAGAAUGUAUUCACAUUGCAAAUAAGAUCUACAGAUCAUUAUUUUUAAUAAAAAACCAAGGAAAAAAGAAGGGCUUCAGAAACAAGUUAAAAUUUUGUGUGUGCAUCUAUAUAUUAAGCUACUACCUGCUAGCCAAACACACUCACCAUCUAGAUCUAGUCAUCAAAACAUUUGCACACAAAAAUAUGGCAGGAGAAGACAAGGUGACACUACAUGGGUUUUGGGCAAGUCCUUAUGCAAAAAGGGUGGAACUGGCCCUUAUUCUUAAGGGCAUACCCUAUGAAUAUGUGGAGGAAAAUUUAACUAGCAAAAGCUCAGAACUAAUCAAAUAUAACCCUGUUUACAAGAAGGUUCCUGUACUUGUCCACAAUGGUAAAGCCCUAUCAGAGUCACUUGUCAUCGUUGAAUACAUUGAUGAAACAUGGAAAACUGGUCCUAAACUCUUGCCUGAGGAUCCAUACAAAAGAUCCCAAGUCAGAUUCUGGGCCAGUUAUCUUGAUCAGCUGUUUGGGAGUAUGCUAAACGCACUCAAAAGCAUUCAAGGAGAAGCACAACAGAAGGCUUUCAUGGAAGUGUCCCAUAAACUAGAGGUACUUGAAGAGGGCUUGAAAAGCUUCUAUCCUGAUUGUGCUCAAGUCGACGGCGCAAGCGUGGGACUUGUAGAUUUGGUUAUGGUGUGUAUGUUUGGAGGUAGAAAGGUCCAAGAAGAAGUCCUUGGCAUAAAUGUCAUCGAUCAUGAGAAGAUUCCACUGGUAUCAGCAUGGAUAACAGCUCUGGGUGAUAUUCCUUUGGUGAAAGAGGCACUCCCUCCUCAUGAUAAGCUUGUUGCUUUCCUCAAGUAUAUCAGAGAAUAUGCCCUUAAAUCUUCUGCACCUUGAUAUUGCAGUGUCAUAAGACUUUCCAUUGUUAUUCUUGUUGUUAAGAUUGUGUCAUGUUUUUUCUGAGUUUUGUUUUUUCAAAGAUGUUAUCAAAUAAGCUCUAAGCAGCAGAAUGAAUGUAUAUGUCAACUGUUCUUAUGUUGUUGUAACUUGGGCCAUGGCGACCUUUGUAAUUUAUAUGAUUGGUUUUUCUUCUCCAAAA